AAUGGGCAAACCAGGUUUUAGUCCACGCGGUGGUGGCGGCGGCGGUGGAGGCGGAGGCGGUGGCUUCCGUGGUCGUGGUGGUGGUGGCGGCGGCGGCGGUGGAUUUGGAGGUCGCGGCGGUGGUGGUGGUCGCGGUGGUGGCGGCGGCGGAUUUGGUGGUCGUGGUGGCGGCGGUGGCCGUGGAGGUGGCGGAGGAGGACGUGGUUUUGGAGGACGCGGCGGUGGAGGUCGCGGUGGUGGUGGUGGACGCGGCGGUGGUGGUCGCGGUGGCGGUGGACGCGGCGGCGGAGCUGGAGGUUUCAAGGGCGGCAAGACCGUGACCAUUGAGCCACAUCGUCAUGAAGGAGUGUUUAUUGCCCGUGGCAAGGAGGAUGCUUUGGUGACCAGAAAUUUUGUGCCCGGCUCUGAGGUCUAUGGCGAGAAACGCAUCUCUGUCGAGACCAAUGGCGAAAAGAUUGAGUACCGUGUGUGGAAUCCCUUCCGUUCCAAGCUUGCUGCUGCCAUUUUGGGAGGCGUUGAGAAAAUACACAUGCCACCUGGCUCAAAGGUGCUCUAUCUGGGCGGAGCCUCUGGCACGACCGUUUCCCAUGUCUCUGAUGUUGUUGGACCCGAAGGUCUUGUCUAUGCCGUUGAAUUCUCCCAUCGUUCUGGUCGAGAUUUGAUUAAUGUGGCCAAGAAGCGGACAAAUAUUAUACCCAUCAUUGAGGAUGCACGUCAUCCACACAAAUAUCGCAUGUUAGUGGGCAUGGUUGACACAAUAUUCGCCGAUGUGGCCCAACCCGAUCAGGGACGUAUUGUGGCCCUAAAUGCUCAGCAUUUCCUUAAGAAUGGUGGCCACUUUGUCAUCUCCAUUAAGGCAUCCUGCAUUGAUUCCACAGCCCAACCCGAAGCGGUAUUCGCCGCCGAAGUCAAAAAGAUGCAGGCCGACAAACUGAAACCCCAAGAACAAUUGACACUGGAACCCUACGAGCGUGAUCAUGCGGUUGUUGUUGGCGUCUACAGGCCACCACCCAAGUAGAGAGGGAUGAUGGAUCAGUCGCUCCUUGAAAUUUGGGAACAGAUGAUGCAGUUGGCUAGGUGUUAAGGCUCUAUUACUACUACUACUACCUAAUACAGACUUUUGUAUUAAGUUUCACUUUUAUUAUUAAAUCAAAAACCAUAGUUUUAAAGUUAAAUGAUA